AUGGCUUCCAUCUCCAACAGUGAAGGGUCUCGUGCUUUCUACAGCCACGGCAAGCCGGUGUACUUGAUGUCCAACGACGUCGAGGCCGCGGAAAGUUUCGAAUGGUGCCGCGACAUGCAGAAAUCGGUCUCAAGCUACGGUAACGUCAUCAGCGGACUUCGCGUCGGGAAAUUGGCCUCACCACACGAGCUCAUCGACCACUCAACCAUCUGUACUUUCAUCACAGAUCCAAAGUGCAAAGAAAGCACGAUCAUGAGUCGCGAGAAGAUGGUCAGAGACGCGAUCGAAAAGAAAAGAGUCAUCGGCGUUCUCGUUAGCAAAGACCACGCCAGCUUGGUCGAAAAGAAGAUCGUACUCCCCGAGGGCGAAGAAUGGGCGCUGAUGGGCGCUUAUGUGAUGACCGAUUGCUGGAAAGAAAGACGGACCGGCGAGACAGAACCUCACCUCAUGCUACGACUCCAGAUGGUGAACACGGAGGACACCUGGUGGGAGAGCAAAGCCCAGUCAGGAGCACCCACCAUUGGUGGACAGUAUGGAGACUGUUCAUCGUGCAAACUCCCACUGCAGAAACGAUAUCGGGAAAGAGAGCCCUUUUGCUGCCGCCUCCAAUGCACCAGCGCGAGCAAUCCGAUCGACGCUUCGAACGCCCCAUUCACCUACGCGCCCGAAUUCCUCGCCGCCACUGAAGACGUCAGCACUGUCAGCUUAGAUGACUUCGAGAUGCUGCCACCUGAGCCACAACUGUUCUCCGUCGAAGAGCUGGAGCGGCGCCUCAUCCCCAGAACCAAGCGACCCAACAAGCCGUCUGCCCGCAAAGAAUACCAAGCAGGGCAGGCCUCGACGAGAGAACACGAAAUGAGCAAUCGAAGUUGCGGAUACGGCAUAAGGCUGGAGGCCGAGGUCGACAACAAAUGGCUACAAACCAUCAGCGAAGAAGCACUUAUUGCUGAAUGCUAUUUCGAGAUGCCAUUUGUUGAGCAACCAACACCAAUCAACUUCAUGAACACGCCUUGGGAAGGCGCAUAUGUUGGCAUAGUCUUCAAUCUGGAAGAUGGAAAUCAGAUAUUUCUUAUUGUUCCGACAAAGGAAUCUACCAACGGCUCGGGAGGAAGUCGGAGCAGAUUCCAGUCCAUCUUCAGUUCCCUCCAGUCAGGCGCUUUGCCUGUUGGUCGUGAAUUGAUCAAGAAAAAGCAGAGUCAGGUCCCUGGUCUCCGUUCAAACCAUUUCGGCAAGAAUUACGGCGAGCCAUAUAACACGGUCAUGGAGACCAAAACCACGCCCCUGAAUCAGCAGCCUAGAGUGCUGAGAGAAGUCAUGGACGAGACUGUCAAGAUCGCUGCUGAGGUUUCUGGCAAAGACUGUCGCGCGAACGAGAACUAUCUGGUCGCAUACGGCCCUAAUAACUACAUGGACUUUCAUCAAGAUGGAGAAGACGACAUAAAGGGUGACGCUAUCUUCUCGGUUUCUUACGGAGGCUCGGCCACCAUGACCUUCGCACUCACACGCGACCGGCUGAAAGGGCGCAUUAUUCUCCAAUUUCCCAUUCACGGCAAUGGUACGAUCGUGAUCCAGAGUGGUAAGACUCUGAAUCAAAAGUAUAGACACCGGGUCGACUGCGACGGUAUCUUCAGAAUCGUUAUCACCGCGAGAAUCCUCCUAUCGGCGGCGGAGAAGGCUGCGCGAGACGCCCAGGCUAAGAAGAAGCCGAAACGAAAGUCGAAGGCAGAUGAGCUUCCGGAUGGUAAAACAAAUGCUGGGCACGAGAGUGAGUCUGAAAGAAGCGACGGUGAAUCGAAGUCUGAGGCGAAUCUAAAGCGAAGGCGAGAGGCAGUCGAGCCAGCAAUGCCCUCGGAGAAGCGACGCAGAUCAGCAACGGAUGAGCCGAGCGCCACGCCUGCUCCGGUAGACCCUCCCAUCGCUACAGACCCAGCCAGAAUGUCUGCUCAGACUAGCAACACGCCCUCGUUCUCCACCCCUACAAAUGGACAUCCCAAGAUUGCAUAUGCACAUCAGGGUCCCAGGGGCGGCCGUUCCAGAACCACCACAGUGGUCAAGCUCGGCGACGGAAAGUGGUGCCGUCGUAAACGUGCUGGACAGUCUCAAUAA